GGCAACACUGGUAAUGACAUGUCGCAUGUGUUGAUGGCGGCAUAAUGGAGAACGAAUACUAGCGAAAAGUGCGUUUAAACUGCUACUAGUUGAUAAUAAUUCGGAUGGAAUUGUAGAAUUAGACAAAACUGUUGUAUUUGGACUUUGUAAAUAAAGUAAAAGAAGUCUUUUCUUUAUGACGAAAUAGGGUUUUUCCCGCGCUCUGUUGAAACAGAUUGAAUACAAGAUGAUGCCUUUGGGGGGCACAGCCCCUGUACAUUCGUCAAGUAAUGUCCAGCCGUCAGCUCCGGCAACCAAUACUUCUCUGACUCCAACAGGAGGUUCAAAUAAAAGCAGCAGCAAUUUAAAACCAAAUUACACUCUCAAAUUUACUUUAGCAGGACAUACAAAGGCUGUUUCUUCAGUGAAGUUUAGUCCUAACGGAGAAUGGCUGGCUAGUUCUUCUGCAGACAAGUUGAUUAAAAUAUGGGGUGCCUAUGAUGGCAAGUUUGAAAAAACAAUAUCUGGCCAUAAGUUAGGAAUCAGUGAUGUAGCAUGGUCAAGUGAUAGUAGGCUUCUAGUAUCAGCUAGUGAUGACAAAACUUUAAAAAUAUGGGAACUAUCAUCAGGAAAAUGUUUGAAAACAUUAAAAGGACACAGCAAUUAUGUAUUUUGCUGCAAUUUUAAUCCUCAGUCAAAUUUAAUCGUUUCUGGUUCUUUUGAUGAAUCAGUGAGGAUAUGGGAUGUCAGAACAGGAAAAUGUUUGAAGACUCUACCUGCUCACUCUGACCCUGUCAGUGCAGUACAUUUUAACAGGGACGGGUCACUUAUUGUUAGUAGUAGUUAUGACGGUCUAUGUCGUAUUUGGGAUACAGCGUCAGGCCAGUGUUUAAAAACGCUCAUUGAUGACGAUAAUCCCCCAGUUUCUUUUGUAAAAUUUUCACCCAAUGGAAAGUACAUCCUUGCUGCUACUCUAGACAAUACGUUAAAACUGUGGGAUUAUGCAAAAGGCAAAUGCUUGAAAACAUAUUCAGGCCACAAAAAUGAAAAGUAUUGUAUCUUUGCCAAUUUCUCUGUAACUGGUGGCAAGUGGAUUGUUAGUGGUUCCGAAGACAACUUGGUGUAUAUUUGGAACUUACAAACAAAAGAAAUAGUACAAAAGUUACAAGGACACACUGAUGUGGUUCUCUGUACAACAUGUCAUCCCACCGAAAAUAUUAUCGCGUCAGCUGCUCUUGAGCAUGACAAAACCAUAAAACUCUGGAAAAGUGAUACUUAAAUUUGAAUCCUUCUCCCCAUAUGAUGAAAAGAGAAUAAUUUAUAUUUUUUUAUGAAAAAAGUAAUGAAAGUGUUAUAAAAAAUAUAGACAGUAAAUGAUAUACAAUUUAAUUUGAA